UCCGAGUCCAAUAAUACCGACAGAAACUGAAACUUGAACGUUGAUAAGACUUGUAUAUUCUAAAUAGAGGGGAAUUUAUGAGGAAAUUUACAUUUCCACGCGAGGUAUACGUGGUGCUGGUAAAUUAUAGAGAACGACUUUGAUUACAAAUCAGCGGUUGUUGUCGGAUUUGGUAUAAAACAAUUCAACGACGGCUUUAGGCCAAACACUUCUGUUGUGGUUGGGGUGUGGAAACGUUUCCAUUUUGAGGGGAUCUCUCGGAUUUACAAGACUGCAAACGUUUGUUCUGCUGUGGGAAUAAUUACGACUCAGCGAAGUAGUAAUUGCAUUACUUGUUGUCAUGGCGACAAAGAAGACAUGUUGUGAUCGAUCAAGAGACAGGUGCUCCCAUCUCAUGUACCAAUCAUCACUAGAGACUCAAACGGCGGUUUCCUUAGGGGAUAUGGUUUAUAAUAAGCCCAAGUCAAGCCAAUACAUUCGUCCCUUGAGCCAGUCCAGCGAGGCACUCUGUAAUGGAUUGAAACGUUUGAGUUCGAACGGUCCUGAUAACGGUGAAAUAACAGAACACCAGCACGAUGAUCAAGAGGCGACAUGCGCGCACUCUCAGACGCGCACUGUCGUGAACGGAGAUACGGAAUUCCUCAAUGGCGGUGGCGACAAAGAUCAUCUUCUGACAGGCUCACAUGGCAAGCACAAUCAUUACGGACGAGAUAGAUACGUGAAUUGCAUAUGUCGACCACGUUACGACAGCGAUUCAUAUGAUGGCGGGAAGGAGGAGGAGGAAUGUCUAGGUGAAGAUGAACAUGAUGGAAUAGUCACUGACUUGAUAGUACAUACCAAACACUUUGUUCGAUCAUUCUUUGGAAAAAGUUUCUUCAGAUUCCACAGAGAGCAUUCGACUGAAAAGAUGGAUGAUAGUAAGAAAGCAAGGAGUGUGAUGAACAACAUCUUGGUUCCAGGCCCAUUUCAGAAUGGAUUUGCAUGUCUUGGUAUCCAUAUUGAACAAGAGGAGAUGGGGUUAAGGAUCGUACAUGUCUUCAGUGAUUCACUCGCGUGUAAAGCUCAUCUCAAGUAA